AUGGCGAUGUCACAAGUUUGGCGGCUUUUUCUCCAAGCCUUGGUGGGGUUCAGGUUGGCCGGCGCAGCGACGAUCUCUGAUGUCUACCCUAACCGUGGCUCCACUGAGGGCGGGACUUAUCUUGUUAUCACCGGCUCCGGGUUCAUGAUGCCCACGCAAGCAAAUCCUUGGGAUUCCCAAGUGGUUUUCGUUGGCUCCAAAAUUUGCAACAUCCUGGCGCACUACACCUCUGGGACGCAGAUCGUUUGUAUCACGACUCCGUACGACGCGGUCGCUCAGUCCUCCGACUACCUGACGGUCAGCGUGCAAAUUUUUGGUGGGCUUGGACUCGCCGGCUAUGCGUCGAAGACGAGGGCGUUUCGAUAUCUGUAUCACGAUACUCCCUUGUUCUUCUGGGCGCGUGAGUGGGCUGGGACGGGCGGAGACACCUUGCAGUUUGCAGGAAAUGUCUACCAUGGCGCAGAUACUGCGGGCCACUAUCAGAUUCGAGUCGGUGAUUCGGGAUGCGCAACAGAUGAGGAAUCGCUCCCACUCAGCUUCCGACGGCGUGGACAUCGGCGAAAGCACGUGACUUGCCGACUCCCGGAGGAUGAGCUCGUGGUGCCUGGCCACUACAACCUCACAGUGCGCGUCAACAGCCUGGAUCGCCAGAACGGUGACUGCCCGAAUAGCAUGUGCUUCCCUUUCACCCAGGAGCAGGCAGGGACGUCCUACGGCUAUGGCAUGGCUGCCAUCAUCCAGCCCGAGGUUUCCUGGUCCAAUGGCAAUCUGAAGAAUGUGUGGAGUGGUACGAUCGACCUGGCGACAGCCCAGGCUUACCACUUCACUGUGUAUCCCCAGGUGAAUGCCAUCGAGCCCUCGGUGGGGAGCUUGUUUGGUGGCAACAACCUCACCUUGCAUGGUUCCUCCUUCGCUCCGGAUCUCGCGGCAAACGAAGUCUUCGUCGGUGGUCGUCGUUGUGAGGUACUUGAAGCUUCACAGCACAGGCUGGUAUGUCAAGUUCCUGCCUGGGGUGCCGCUGGCAUAGGAGAUUCCUCCAUGCGUGGCUUGCGCUACACGCGGCAUGACAUUCGACGGCGGCGGCGUUGGACACGUUGGACGAUCUCGGAGAUGCCUCCAGAAGCGGAGCGUCCCGUGGAUGAGGCUGGCUUCGUGAAGGGCUUCCUGAACGAGAUCGGCACAACCCAGCCUUGGGAUUACCGGGUCGGCAAAGAGCAGAGCAUGCUGGAGUUGACAGGCUUCUUCGUGCCACCUUUGACUGCCAACUACAGCUUCUACAUGUGCGGCGACGACCAGUUGUCGCUAGAGCUCGGGGACGAGCACGGUGACCUUGACUCCCUCCAACCGCUGGCACGGAUGGAGGAAUGGAUCUCGACGAGUGACUACGCGCUCGUCUCUCCGUUCUGCUGGUACUUUCGGGAGGAUCUGUCGUCCGGUGACUUCACGGGCCCACGGAAGAAGGUCUCCGAACCCAUGCGAUUGUCUGCUGGGAGCAGGAGCCCUUUCCGUCUCCGCCACAUUGGAUAUGGCGGACCGAACUGGCUUCGGAUGGGCCUGAAAGUCUCCGGCCUCAGCGUUGCCCUGGGCGAGGAUGAGGAGCUUCUCGACGCCGCGAAGGUGUCGGGAAUGACCAAAAUCUCGCCGGCGAUGGAGCUGCAGGCUCUGCGACUCUCUGGCAUCGAUGUGAGGCGAGAGCAGCACUUCAUUGAGAUCGGGAACACGACGGUCAACGACAGCUUCAAGCUUCGGAUCUUCGGAGCUGGGGGGCACCAGGCACUCCUUUCCUUCCACCACGGUGUGCAUCGCAACACCAUUCGAAAUGAGGUACGGAAUGCCAAAGUGGUCCUGGCCGGCCAGGCGCCGUUCGCACUCCACGGAUGCCGAAGCAUCACCGUGGAUACUGUGCCGCUCGUGGUGGCACCAAAAGUCCGUUACCUGCUGACGUUCCACUGCGCACUGGAGGCCGAAAGCGCGCAAUGGAUCGACAUGGAGCUUGUCGAGGCACGCGGCGGCAACGUGACGGUCGGAAAGCUGCAAAACGCCUCGGCGCCCGUCUCCGGCACCUUCCGGGUCGGCCACGGGGGCUCUUGGACGGGAGACCUGGACGCACAGAAGAUGUCCUCGAGAUGGUGGGAGUUGGCCGCAGCCAUCUCGUCGUUGCGGCGGCCCUCGGAAGACCGGGGCGGUGAACUGGAGCUGGAGUGCUGGAGGUUUCCGAGCGGUUGGAUGGCUCGCGAAGGGUUCCAAGUGUUAGUUCGCUUUCGCCGGCCCAUCGGCGAUGUGGCCCCCUUGGAGGUCCAAACCACCGGAUUCCCUGCUGAGUUCCGUCUGGAGGCUUUCACCAUUGAGGAUGGAGACGCGGAUGCGAUCUUCCUGGAGAAGAUUCCCGCAGACAUGUUUCAGGUUCCAUUCCCUGAUCCGGAGUCCGAAACCCUGCAGGUGGUGACAGAGGGCAUCGUGGGCGCCUUUGGCGGCUCAGAGGUCUUGGGCUAUCAGUACUCCCACGACCUUGUUCCAGCCGUCUCCAGCGCGCAGCCCACCUACGUGAACGCCACGGACCACUUAACUUUGGUCAUCAGCGGCCUGCAGCAGAAUUCCUCGGACGGCUGGGUGGACGACCUGCAAAUUCUCAUUGGUGACGAUGCCGGGCUUUGCGGCGACCUCCAGGAAGUCCAGGAUUCUGACAACGAGAGCGGCGUGGAACCGGGGAUCACGGUCAUGUGCAAGCUCUCCGAUGCUGCGGCGGGGGAGCACCAGCUGCACCUCAUCUCCGUCUCACAAGGCAGGGCAAACCCAGAUGCAGCACCAGUGAUCUCAGUGGAUCUCGUCCUCGAGGAUUUCCAGCCACACUUCGGAUCUCUUGCCGGUGGCACGCUUCUGCGGCUGUCAGGAAGCGGCGUGCGAAACCUGCGGUGCUCCGACGUCCUCGUGGGAGGCCGUCAAUGCUCGAAGCCUCUCGAAGGCUCUGCGCCUGCCACUUCCGACAAGGCGGCAAACUUGGAGGCUUCGCUGUUCUGUCUCACGCCUCCGUCUGCCUCCUUCGACGCAGCCGAUGCCUCCACUUGGGUAGAUGCAGCGAUGCCGGUGACGAUUGCACAGCCACCGCGGAGCGCAUCGCUGGUGCGCGGAAAUUUCGUGUACAAGUUUGGAUCCACUCCGAUCGUGCAGGCGGUGUCGCCGGCGGUGAAGUCGGCAGCUGUCAGCGCGAAGUUUCUGCUUCAGGGAAGCAAUCUCGAGUCUAACGACGACGAGGUGGCGCUGGUGCGGUUCGGACCACGAGAGGCCAAGGUCAUCGCGCAGACGUCCUCUUCUCUGGAGGUGUGGCUGCAAAGGGCUGCCCCAGAGGCCCCUGCCGAGCCGGUAUUCGAGCCCAGCGUUUGGAUGUCCAAGAAGGGUUUCGCGGCCGUUGUGCCUGGAACGGUCUUGGAGUCUCGCUUUGAGGUCACUUCGGUGGGACCUCUCCGGGCCUCGAAAGCAGGAGGAGUCGUGCUGGCCAUUGCUGGAGCUGGGUUUCACCCCGAGUCAGCGAAACAUCUUAUCUCGCUCUCGCCGGCUGAUGGUGCCCCUGCAUUGGAGUGUUUGGUGAUUGCCGGCAACUCCACGCACCUGGACUGCCGACUUCAGGGCUCCGCUGCAAAGAUCGUGGCCCAGCAGUUGCCAAGCACACCGGCGACGGAGGUCAGCGAAGCUUUGGAUUUCCUCCGUCGGGUGGAGGCUGACGAUCUGGCCAUGGAGGUGGGAGACUACGAGGAUGCUGUGGCAAUGGAAGGAGGAUAUGGAGACCGAGAAGUAUACGGAGAUGGCUAUGACGGAUACGGGGACCAGUACGGUCCGGCGGCAGACCUAGAGAACGGCGCAGAUGAGGCUUCGAGGCGCCUUGGGGAUUCUCGACUCUCGGUACCUAUUGAGAUUCAGAUUCGGCCGCGCUGGGGCGUCGAGAGCGACGCGGCCGAAGACUUCCGCUUGGCCCACAUUCGGCCCAUUCGGAAGAGGAGGUCUCGUCAGCGUGAUCUCCCGGCUGUGCAGCUGCCACGAAGGCUCAUGUCCGAAGACGAGGACGAUGAACUCAAUGAUACAUCCGUCGACCCGAAUGCUGCGGAAGAGACUGAGGUGGGCAGUGACGACUCGGACGAGCCCGAGGACUCAGAUGGCUCGAAGCAAGUGGCCUCUGAGACAAUCAGCGACGACUCGGACGAACCAGAGGACUCCGAUGGCUCCAACCAGGUGGCUUCCGAGGAUUCCCAGAGCUCCGAGAUGGGUAGCGACGACUCCGACGAGCCUGAGGACUCGGAUGGCGCCAUGCCAGCUGCAAGCACCACCAAGCCAUCCACCACGAAGGUCGUGGUUCCACCAAUCCUCACGGUCUCGGAGGUCCUGGACCUUAACAACUCUGCACUAGAGGAUUUUGACGCCAAUGCAAGCGACGUCAACGCAAGCGAUGAGUCAGACAAUUUAACGGAGACGGAGGAAGACGAGAAUGUCACCAACAGCAGCAACAGCAGUGAUCUCGAUGUUCCGACUUUUGCCGAAGAGGAGGCGACGGAGGAGGCAGUCGACAUCGACGAGAGUUUCAGCCUUUCCCUGUCCCUGAACGGCGUCCGUGCGCGCUGCAAGGCCGAAAGUGGCUGUGGGCUGGUGCUGUCGGGCCAAGAUACACCCCUUCUGACCUCUGUGAGCCCUCUCAACGGCUCCUAUGCCGACGGCGUCGACGUGGAGCUCACUCUGUUCAGUGCAGAGGAGCCAGAAGGCGUUUCAGUGCGCUUCGGAGAGCAGCUGUGUCCCGAUGUGCAGAUCCGGAAUCUUACCGAAGAGGGCUCUUGGUGGUCUUUGUCGCUGCCUUUGUGCACCUUCGAAGCCUCCAACGUGCCUAUCUACGUGCACACCACACUUGGCUAUGCCCUCUUUGCAUCGCCAUUCACCGGGGCGGACUUCCAUUUCACGCAGCAUCUGCGCCUGUCUUCUGUGUACCCUCUGAACGGGUCCUUCUACGGUGGCACGACGAUUACGAUCUCCGGUGUUGGAUUUGGAGCUUCGCCCAGUAUGAACCUCGUCACAGUUGGCCAGGUUCCAUGUCAAGUUCUCUCCGCCUCCUAUGAUGAGAUCCGCUGCCUCGUCCCGCCCGCGCCGGAGGAAUUGCAGGAGGAGGAGAACCGGACGAAGAAUAUCACGGUCCGCGUGAUUACGGCGAGUCAGGAUCUGCAGCCUGGGUUGCGCGGAGAGUAUUUCUUUUUCAGCCAG